GCCGAGGCGAGGGGUGGCGUUUGUGCGGCCGCCGGUGGGCGGUAGGCGUUGCUGCCAGUAAAACUGAGUGCUGUCCAAAGGCGGCCCGGCGUCGUCGUGAGGCGAGUGACCCGCGACCGGUGCUGCCGCGCUCAACCUGGGACGAGGCUCCGACAACUCGGUGGUGACGGGUUUGGUUUUCCCCUUCAUGUCGGCCCUGGAGAAGAGCAUGCACCUCGGCCACCUGCCCUCUCGCCCUCCUCUCCCUGGCAGCGGGGGCAGUCAGAGUGGAGCCAAGAUGCGAAUGGGCCCUGGAAGAAAGCGGGACUUUUCCCCUGUUUCAUGGAGUCAAUAUUUUGAAUCCAUGGAAGACGUGGAAGUAGACAAUGAAACUGGCAAGGAUACUUUUCGAAUUUACAAGAGUGGCUCCGAAGGUCCAGUCCUACUUUUAUUGCAUGGAGGAGGCCAUUCUGCCCUUUCCUGGGCUGUGUUCACAGCAGCAAUCAUUAGUAGAGUUCAAUGUAGGAUUGUGGCUUUGGAUCUGCGAGGCCAUGGUGAAACAAAAGUCAAGAAUUCUGAAGACUUAUCAGCAGAAACAAUGGCAAAAGAUGUUGGCAAUGUAGUUGAGGCCAUGUAUGGAGACCUCCCUCCUCCAAUUAUGUUGAUUGGACAUAGCAUGGGUGGUGCUAUUGCAGUCCACACAGCAUCAUCUAACCUGAUGCCAAGCCUCCUGGGUCUGUGUAUGAUCGAUGUUGUGGAAGGUACAGCUAUGGAUGCACUCAAUAGCAUGCAGAAUUUUUUACGUGGUCGUCCUAAAACCUUCAAGUCUCUGGAGAAUGCUAUUGAAUGGAGUGUGAAGAGUGGCCAGAUUCGAAAUCUAGAGUCUGCACGUGUCUCAAUGGUUGGCCAAGUCAAACAGUGUGAAGGAAUUACAAGUCCAGAAGGCUCAAAAUCUAUAGUAGAAGGGAUCAUAGAGGAAGAAGAAGAAGAAGAAGAAGGAAGUGAGUCAGUAAACAAGAGGAAAAAAGAAGAUGACAUGGAGACCAAGAAAGACCAUCCAUAUACCUGGAGAAUUGAACUGGCAAAAACAGAAAAAUACUGGGAUGGCUGGUUCCGAGGCUUAUCCAAUCUUUUUCUUAGUUGCCCUAUUCCUAAACUGCUGCUCUUGGCUGGUGUUGAUAGAUUGGAUAAAGAUCUGACCAUUGGACAGAUGCAAGGGAAGUUUCAGAUGCAGGUCCUACCCCAGUGUGGCCAUGCAGUCCAUGAGGAUGCCCCUGACAAGGUAGCUGAAGCUGUUGCCACUUUCCUGAUCCGGAACAGGUUUGCAGAGCCCAUCGGUGGAUUCCAGUGUGUGUUUCCUGGCUGUUAAUGACCUGUCCACUCCCCCUCUACAUUGAUCUCUGUUGUAAAUACAUCGCACCAGAGGCCACUGUGAUGCCGCUGUCUCCCCCUCACCUUCCCGCCCGGCCAGCGUGACACCGGCUCCCCGCAGACGGGCAUCCCCACAUGUACAAAUCCUUGUGUGUACUCCUGCCAACAGCAUUGCUUUCCAGGGCCUUUGUCUUCACAGUUCAGGGUCUCUAGCUCUUACUCCUUUCUUGUCAAAGAGUAACCCCUGCCUAUUCUCCCCACCUUGCCUAUGGUGAAGCCUCCAGAACUCCCACUCUGGGCCCCGAGUCCUGGUGUGAGGCAGAAAACCUGGGCCCAGAUGUCUCUCCCGGCUCAGGGACUGCCAUUCCUUGAAAUGGCUUUUGGCAUGGUCCUGCCCUGCCUUAGGCGAUAGGUAGUGUAUGCGGUAGUCCUUAUUUCAGUCAUUCAAAUAAACACUGGUCGGGUACCUUUUUAUCCCAGUCUUAGUUUUCCAUGUUGAGAAGACCCAAAGAGGCCAGGAUCCCAGCCUUAGGUACCAGGAGGGGUGGUGGAUAGCCAGCACCACAGGAAACCAGCCUGAGCACCAGGUCCAGCCAGUCCAAGCACAUGGCCUCCCAUCUGGGUGAGCCACUGUCCUCCCACACGUGGGCGCCUGUCCUGGGCUGAGGCCAGGCUGCUCCACGGCCCUCUGGAGCCCUCGUCUGCCACAAAGCAAUCCAGGUCAAUACAGCCCAUGCACAAACCCACUGGCUAAUGCCUGUGGAAUUGUUUUUAAUAAUCUAACCAUUUCCAUAGCUGGUUCCUGGAGGUGUACCUGCUUGCCUCUUCUAGAGCCGCAGCUUCUCAUUGCCAUUUGUGGUUUCCCUGUCACUCUCCAUGAAUGCAUUGCCAGCCGGCCUCCCCAUCCUUCCCCUCUCCAGCUGCCCCCUCACAGCUCUGCAGCCUCCCCUUGUGGCCCCGGCACGCCAUUUCCAAGGGCAAGGAGGGGCAGUCUCCUGAAGCCCAUCUUUCUGUGACUGUCUUAGGUGAUAAUGUAGCCCCUCCACCUUCACCUAACAACUUCUAUCCCUGUCCUGCUGCAUGGUCCAGAGUCUGGGACCUACUUUGUUUCUUUGUUAUUUAUGAUCUUGUUUAAAGAAAAUAAAUAUCUCCCAACCUUUAUUCA